AUGGCAAAACUGUAUGAAUUGCGUUACGAAUUGGUUCCUCAUCCGCCAUACUCCCCAGAUUUGGCACCCAGUGACUAUUAUCUGUUUCCAGAUUUUAAAAAAUGGCUGCGACAGAGGCCUAUUUUAAGGACUUGGAAGGGCAUCGAAAAAUUGGAGAAUCGUUGGACAAAGUGUAUAGAGCUUAACGGGGACUACGUUGAGAAAAAUAUAUCUAAUUUAAUUCAGCAUUAUCUUCAUUUUUUCAGUUACAUUGGACUACUUUGCGAUGAUAACGCUAGCCGAUAUGUUGGUGGUACUUUAAUGGUUGUUGGUUUAUCGACAGUUCCAUUCUUUAUUAAAUUUAUGCAUACAUUUGAAGAACUGGGUGGAAUUACGUUUCUAUUUCCAUUGGGCUUAUUCGUAAUGGCUUUUGAGAUAUUUAAUGCAGGACAAGGAAUAGAGGAUCAGUUUGAAGAAAUAUAUACGGCUUUGUUUAAUGUCCGCUGGUACUGGUGGAACAAUCAAAACAAGAAAUCUUAUGUAAUGAUCAUAUCGAUGCUUCAACAAGUCAAGAGCCUUUACAUUGGUAUUAACUCGAAGGUUAACAGAAGAGGUUUCCUCAGGGUAAAUUAA